AGGGAUCUUCCGGGAUGGCGGUCGCUGGCUAUAUAAGGCGACGCCGGGCGUGGCGCAGCUAGCUCGGUCGAGACUGCGAGUUCUGUCUCUUGUGUUUUGAGAGCCGUGUUUUCACCGCCGCUGAUAAUGCAGAUCUUCGUGAAGACCCUGACUGGCAAGACCAUCACCCUGGAGGUGGAGCCCAGCGACACCAUCGAGAAUGUCAAGGCAAAGAUCCAGGACAAGGAAGGCAUCCCCCCUGACCAGCAGAGGCUGAUCUUUGCUGGCAAGCAGCUGGAAGAUGGCCGCACCCUGUCUGACUACAACAUCCAGAAGGAGUCCACCUUGCACCUGGUGCUGCGUCUCAGAGGUGGGAUGCAGAUCUUCGUGAAGACCCUGACUGGCAAGACCAUCACCCUGGAGGUGGAACCCAGCGACACCAUCGAGAAUGUCAAGGCAAAGAUCCAGGACAAGGAAGGCAUCCCCCCUGACCAGCAGAGGCUGAUCUUUGCUGGCAAGCAGCUGGAAGAUGGCCGCACCCUGUCUGACUACAACAUCCAGAAGGAGUCCACCUUGCACCUGGUGCUGCGUCUCAGAGGUGGGAUGCAGAUCUUCGUGAAGACCCUGACUGGCAAGACCAUCACCCUGGAGGUGGAGCCCAGCGACACCAUCGAGAAUGUCAAGGCAAAGAUCCAGGACAAGGAAGGCAUCCCCCCUGACCAGCAGAGGCUGAUCUUUGCUGGCAAGCAGCUGGAAGAUGGCCGCACCCUGUCUGACUACAACAUCCAGAAGGAGUCCACCUUGCACCUGGUGCUGCGUCUCAGAGGUGGGAUGCAGAUCUUCGUGAAGACCCUGACUGGCAAGACCAUCACCCUGGAGGUGGAGCCCAGUGACACCAUCGAGAAUGUCAAGCAAAGAUCCAGGACAAGGAAGGCAUCCCCCUGACCAGCAGAGGCUGAUCUUGCUGGCAAGCAGCUGGAAGAUGGCCGCACCCUGUCUGACUACAACAUCCAGAAGGAGUCCACCUUGCACCUGGUGCUGCGUCUCAGAGGUGGGAUGCAGAUCUUCGUGAAGACCCUGACUGGCAAGACCAUCACCCUGGAGGUGGAGCCCAGUGACACCAUCGAGAAUGUCAAGGCAAAGAUCCAGGACAAGGAAGGCAUCCCCCCUGACCAGCAGAGGCUGAUCUUUGCUGGCAAGCAGCUGGAAGAUGGCCGCACCCUGUCUGACUACAACAUCCAGAAGGAGUCCACCUUGCACCUGGUGCUGCGUCUCAGAGGUGGGCAGAUCUUCGUGAAGACCCUGACUGAGACCAUCACCCUGGAGGUGGAGCCCAGUGACAUCGAGAAUGUCAAGGCAAAGAUCCAGGACAAGGAAGGCAUCCCCCCUGACCAGCAGAGGCUGAUCUUUGCUGGCAAGCAGCUGGAAGAUGGCCGCACCCUGUCUGACUACAACAUCCAGAAGGAGUCCACCUUGCACCUGGUGUUGCGUCUCAGAGGUGGGAUGCAGAUCUUCGUGAAGACCCUGACUGGCAAGACCAACCUGGAGGUGGAGCCCAGCGACACCAUCGAGAAUGUCAAGGCAAAGAUCCAGGACAAGGAAGGCAUCCCCCCUGACCAGCAGAGGCUGAUCUUUGCUGGCAAGCAGCUGGAAGAUGGCCGCACCCUGUCUGACUACAACAUCCAGAAGGAGUCCACCUUGCACCUGGUGCUGCGUCUCAGAGGUGGGAUGCAGCUCUUCGUGAAGACCCUGACUGGCAAGACCAUCACGGAGGUGGAGCCCAGCGACACCAUCGAGAAUGUCAAGGCAAAGAUCCAGGACAAGGAAGGCAUCCCCCCUGACCAGCAGAGGCUGAUCUUUGCUGGGCAAGCAGCUGGAAGAUGCCGCACCCUGUCUGACUACAAUCAGCCAGAAGGAGCCACCUUGCACCUGGUGCUGCGGCUCAGAGGUGGGAUGCAGAUCUGUCGUAGACCUCUGACUGGCAAGACCAUCACCCUGGAGGUGGCCAGCGACACCAUCGAGAAUGUCAAGGCAAAGAUCCAGGAAAAGGAAGGCAUCCCCCCUGACCAGCAGAGGCUGAUCUUUGCUGGCAAGCAGCUGGAAGAUGGCCGCACCCUGUCUGACUACAACAUCCAGAAGGAGUCCACCUUGCACCUGGUGCUGCGCUUGAGGGGAGGUUUCUAAAUUUCCCCUUUAUUUUAAGCUUUUGACAAGUUUCAUUGCACUUUUCUUUCAAUAAAGUUCUUGCAUUCCAAAUUGUGUUUGUG